AUGUCAAUAAUGUCGAUCUGUUCGGCGAUAUCAGGGUGUUACUGGCGGAGCCCAGAUUUGUUGAGCAAUCGGGAGUCGAAGUCGUUUCUGAAACUGAAAGCGGGGAGCAGCAGGAGGCCGAGAAGAGCGGUGGUGACGAUGAGCAUGGAGGCUGGAGUUGGAGUGAUGGGCACGAAGCUGGGCAUGAUGAGCUACUUCGAGGCCGACGGAGAGGUGGUGCCCGUGACGGUGGUGGGCUUCAAGGAAGGCAAUAUCGUGACGCAGGUGAAGACGGAAGCAACUGACGGAUACAGUGCAGUCCAGGUCGGAUACCAAAGGGUGAGGGACAGAAAAUUGACUAAACCCGAAAUGGGUCAUCUCCAGAAGGCUGGUGCCAUCUCCAUGCGCCAUCUUCAGGAGUUUCGCCUUCUCUCCGUCGACGCUUUUCAGCCCAACCAGCGUCUCGUCUUCGAUCAAAUCUUCCAGGAGGGCGAUCUUGUUGACGUCUCCGGCACCACCAUCGGCAAGGGUUUCCAAGGUGGAAUCAAGCGUCACAACUUCAAGAGGGGCCUAAUGACCCAUGGUUCUAAGAGUCACAGACAACUAGGAUCAAUUGGUGCUGGAACUACACCUGGCCGUGUAUACAAGGGAAAGAAGAUGCCUGGUAGGAUGGGAGGAACCAAGAGGAAGAUUAGAAAGCUUAAAAUUGUCAAAAUCGAUAAGGAUCUUAAUGUGGUUAUGAUCAAAGGUGCUGUCCCUGGUAAGCCAGGGAAUCUUCUGCGAAUAACUCCAGCCAAGAUUGUUGGGAAGAACAUUCCAAAAAAUUAAUGUGAGUCAUGGUUUUUUGUUUUUAUCGUUUUUCUUACAUUCCUGUUUAUUAUCUUCUUAGCGUUAUUCAAUCAAACUCCUCCAAACCUGUCAUUCAGCAUGUGGGAAGUGCAAAUGAACCUUAUCCUAAGGGUAGCGAAUGGUAUUGCUAUUUUGGCUAGAAGCAGUGCUCUCGGCAAUGAGAACUAUUCUGAAUUUCUGAGUUGUUCAACCUUGGAGUGAUUUACAAAUUACAAGUAUUCAUGUUAAGGCAUUAGCCUCGUGAGGCAGUGCAUCCAUGUUCAGGUUCCUCUACCUUUUAGGAUGCACAUCAAAGGGCCUAAAUAAUUUAGUUUAGAUCGUGAAAGAAGACAACAGGUAAAACCAAAUUAGAAAAGAAAAACUUGCAUUAAUGUUUGAUAGUAAUCAAGCCUGAGCCUCUAA